GUAUUGCAAAAAGAUAAAAACAUAAGUUAUUGUAAAAGCACUAUAAAAUUACAACAUUGCAUAUGUUUCCGACUUCUGGUCAAGUUACGAAAUUAUUGAAAGCUUUGAAAGUUAGUUUUCGUUGUUUGGAACAAUAGGAUUUGUUGAUGACACAAUUUUAACAAAAAAGAAAAAGUAUAAAAACAAGUGAAAAUUUUAUUGUGUGAUAAAAACGCAAAUUAGUAGAUAAGAGCAAUGCAUGGUUAAGCAUUAAAAGCGGUUAAUUUGAAAGCUUUCCAACAAUGUUUAAUAGAUUCAAGAAUCGCGUUUUAACUUCAAUUGUUCCAGAAUUUCCAUCGAUUUCACCAGCACCAAGUCACAUAAAUCGAUCACUUCCUGACAAGUUUCAAUAUUCUCGUCCUCCUUUUCUACAACUUCUUACGGUCGACGAACUUAAAGCUUCAGCAGAUCACAAUGUGAGGCCAAUUAUUGUACCCAGAGAUAUUUCUGUGAUGCCGUUAAAUGCUGGAUAUGCAGAAUGUGUAAAUUCAGGAAAGUCUGAAUGGAAUGAGGAUCAAGCGGCUUUCUACCAAGGCUUACUACAUCAUCCAGCAAAAGAUCUACCAGAUUUACCUUAUAUUUACUUUGGUAUUUUUGAUGGUCAUGCAGGAUACGGCGCAGCUUUGGCAGCAUCUCAUCAAUUCCAUCACAUUCUUCAUGAGAAACUUGUUGACGUAAUUGAUCUCCUAUUACCAACAAGUGAAAAUGAAACACCAGCAUUCCCAUGGUUAUUCCAUAAGUCUGUAUCAAAAGAUGAACUUAUCGUUGGUGCUCUCGAAUCAGCAUUCCAUGACAUGGACGCUAUGUUAGCUGAAGAUAGAAGCAAAUAUAGAAACGCUGGCGGAUGUACGAGCGUUGUGACACUUUUCAUUCUAGGCAAAAUGUACGUGGCAAAUGCUGGUGAUAGUCGUGCAAUUUUAGCACAAAAAUUGUCUAAAGAAGUGAUCAAGAAACAAACUGAUAAGAUUUAUCUUAAUGGUUCUUCUGAUAAUGAAUCACCAAACGCUUAUCAAGUAAUUGCUACUCCAUUUUCGUUCGAUCAUACACCGGACACUGAACGCAGUAGAAUUCUUGAACUUGGAAAGAUUCAUCCCGAUCUCAUGGGAGGUGAAUACAUUGCAAUGGAAUAUGCAAAGAAGCCUAUGACGAGAGACUUAGGAACAAGAAUUCUUUACAAGCAAGGAAAUAUGAAGGGCUGGACGUAUAAAACAUUGACAAGGGAAGAUCUUAAAAUGUCAAUCGUGACAGGUGAAGGGAAGCGGUCUCGUCUUCUCGGCACAAUUGGAGUGACACGUGGAUUUGGUGAUCAUGACCUCCGUGCGCUUGGAAGUGGAAUUCUUAUCAAACCAUUCCUAAGUUGUCACCCAGAAAUCGUAUACCGUGACUUAAGUCUAAUAAUUUCACUUCCUGAUGAUAACAACAUUGACGGUGAAUAUGGAGUGUUGAUAAUGGGAACUGAUGGCCUUUGGGAUGUUAUUGAAAACGAUAAUGUGGCACGAAUCACAUUUGAAACAUUAAAAAAAUAUCCAAAUGAGAAACAUCGUUAUACGAUGGUUGCACAAGAACUUGUUGCAAAAUCACGCGGACGUGCUAAUGAUUCUGGUCAUUGGAGGCUGUCAGACUUGAAAGCACCAGCAACUGUUGAUGAUAUUUCAAUAAUCGUGAUACCAGUUUAUCAGUACUACAAAGAAUUCUGUCAAUGGGAGAAAACUUUCAUUGAAGCGAAACAAAAGCGAGAAGAAUUGAAAAACUUGACGAUGAAAGCUUUGGAAGCUAAUCAUAUAAAUAAUGAUGAUUCGACUCCUGUUGACAACGAUGUCGAAGAAGCAAAAGAACAAGAAGAUGAAUCAACAAUUGAAACAAAAAAAUCAAUAUCAGUGAAUGAUGACGAUAAAGAUGAAGAAGUUGUUGGACUAUCAAGUGAAGAUAAUGAAAAAUUAGAUUCACCGUUAACAACUUAAAUUAAAUAAAUUAUAAUUAUAUAAAUUAAUCGAACAAUAUUUCACCAGAGUUUUGUUAUUAGUGAAUUAAUUUAAAGCAAAAAGUAUGUUUUGUAAUUUUUCAUCACAAUUUUGUUUAAGUUGCACACAAAUAUUUAAAUACUUACUUUGAACAUAGUGUAAGUGCUGAAUAAUACACUGAAAAUAAGCUUGUGAAGAGAUGAAGUACCAGUAGGAAUGUCAAUGCUAGUGCUGCAGUUAUUGCUCCGAAAAUCUCCUGAAACGAGAUAAUUUAUUAUUAUUUCUGAUCUCGAUAAUCUUUCUUCUUUUUUCCUCAUUCAUCGAAAAUUAAUUAAAUAAAUUAAUAAUUAUUCAAAAUAAAAAUA